CCGCGGCUCCUCCUCCUGGGCGCAGCCUGGGCCAUGUGAAGCGGGACUCGGCUACUUCCGCCUCCCCGCGGCCGGCACGGCGCAGCGCUCGGGACCUGCCUUUGGGAACGGGCUUGGCGGCUGAGGACUCCCAUGCUCAGUGCACCCACGGGACCCAGGGCCCGCUGGUGAGCUCCGUGGAGUCCUAGGAUGGCUGCAUUGCCCCCUGGCCCUGAGAGUAUUGGGGAGACGAGCCCCUGAGCACAAGAGGAGUGAUUAUGUAGCACCCAAAGCACGGGAGGUGCUUUCCAGGACGCAGAAAGGCCUACAGUCCAUGCCGGCAUCCGGAGGCUGUACUAUGCGCUUGUCAUCACCUGCUUCUUCAGCACGCGGUCUGGCUAGCCAGCUGAAGAGAUGGCCGAGGCCCAGGCAGGAUUUGAAGGCGUCUUCAGCGUUUUAUCGAAGAUCCCGGAGGAAAGGCUCGUUACUCUCAAACACAAGCUGAAGCACAUGAGAUCGGCCACAAGCAGCUGUAAGCUAUUGCAGGCCAUGACUCUGCGGCGAGAGGCAGAGGCAAGGAUAUGCCUGGACGCUCUGGGUGACGACGAAGGAGCCCUCUGUCUCUGCAGGUGCAAAUGGGGUACCGGCAGCAGCAAGAACCCGCUGAGCCCCCAGCAGGAGGCGGGAGCCCGGCUGGCCCUGGCACGGGUCUACGCGCUGCUGGUGGAAGAAAAGCAGUGCAAUCCCCAGUGCAGAGAUGAUGCCUACAAGGCUGCCAUUGAGGCCUUCAGAGCCAGCGAGGCUCUUGGGAGAGACAGGCUGGGUAGCAUCUUGGCCGAGGCCUAUGCAAAGUGCGGGGCUGACUUCAGUUCCACAGAGACUGACCAUGAAUUUAAGACCCUGAGGUCCGACCCUGGGCAUUUCCCGACUCCCAACCCUGCUCCACACGGGAGGAGCCCCCCAGUCCAGAUUGGGAACCGAUCGGUUCUCUCAGGGCCACAGACGUUGCGUUCUUCUGGCAGCCCGGCCUCCUUCAUCAGCCACUUUGAGAUCAGCCAGUCCCCCACCAUGGAGUUCCACACCCGCUCGGCUCACUGCAACCGCGUCCCACAGCCCAGCCGGCUUUGUGGGGGUGCCGUGAGCAGCACCCUGCAGUCUGGCCAGGAGAGACUCAGCCACGGCCCUCGGGACGCCAGCCGGCUCAGCUGCUCCGCUGCAGCUCCCCUGCGCAGCCACCGAUCUGAGGCGCCCCAGACUGGUGGCUUUGUUCCUCCAUCUCUUCCAGUUUCCGAAACUCCCAUUCGCCUUGUGAGUGCGGAGCACUGUCCCGUGGAAUGCACUGACCCUCCCACCAUGGGGACAGCAGGACUGCCGGAGUCAGGACAGCGCCUGCUCCAAACCCCAGGACAAGAGUCCCCUCCCGAGUCCCGAGUGCCCAUCGAGGAUUCCUAUGUCCUCACAGAGAAGGAAGAAUCAGAAUCCAUCUCCUCCUCCAGGGCGCCCCCUCCUCCCCAGGCAGCAGCUGCCCCCGCCCCGGAGCUGGACUGCGGCGAGAAAAGGUUCUUCAGUUUCGUUGUCGUUCACGCCACGGAAGAUGUGGACAUCGCCUGCCGGGUGAAGGAGAUGCUGGAGAGCAUGGGGGUGCCCGACGGUGCCACGUUCUGCGAGGAGUUCCUCGUCCCUGGGCAGUGCCAGCUAACGUGCUUCCAGGACGCCAUAGACAACUCCGCUUUUACCCUCCUGCUGCUGACCCAGAACUUCGCGUCCCGCCUCUGCAUGCACCAGAUGAACACAGCUUUGAUGGACUCCCUCCAGCGGCUGCCCAAGUACAACUCGGUCAUUCCUUUUGUGCCCAAAGAGUACCCCUUGAAGAAGUCUCAGAUACCCAGCAUACUGAUGGGGCUAGUGCCUCUGGAUGAGAACUCGCCUGUGUUCUCCAGGACGGUGAAGAACACCUUCAAACUCAAGAAGAUCAAUGAGCAGAAGAUGAUGUGGUGCCAGAUGCAGCACGUCCAGGAGCAGCGGAGGAAACAGCAGCUAUACCGGGAACACUUCCAGCAGCUGCAACAGAACUUAGCGGCUCUGACCUUGGGGUCCCAGCCUGGCUACCCCCCCCAAAUGCUUUUGCCCACACUGCUGCCAUCUCCUGCAGGAAUUCAGCACCUUCUGCAGCAGCUUCUCCAGCUCCAAACUCCCUCUCUUCCAAUGUUUUCCUCCCCUUCUCUGCACCAGCCUCACCCAGCUAAUCCGUUCACAUACCCCCAGCCGGCUCCCUCCCCUUCUCAGCACCUCAUCCUCCCGUCGGGCCACCAAAAUGUGAUGCAGGGGUCAGGAGGCCCCCAACCCCUCAUCAUUCAGAAUGCUCAAAUGGUGCAGAUCGGGGACCACAAUCAGAUGCGCAGGGAGAGGACCAUGUCGGUGCCAGAAAGCUCCGACGAAGAAAUUGGCGAGAGCGUCUGACUGGAAGGGCAGGAAUUCAACACAGUCUGGAGAAAGCAGCACUUAGUUUCAUUGCAAGCUGUGUAGGUCUGUGGUCUUGGUGACGAGCCUGCCCGGGGAGGACGGGUUCCCCUCCUCGCUGCUGGUGGAACGCACAGAGUGUGGAAGGCAGCAGCCAUCUCAUAUGCUGUAGGAACA